AUGCCUGCCAUCAUCGAUAUACCGCCGAACCACUUCCUCCCGCACCCAUUCCGGCCCUCCAUAUCGUCGUCGACCUCCAGGCAACGUCUCAUCGACACAGCCGAGCUCUCCAGGCGGCAGGCGGAAAUAUCAAGACGGGGUGCGGACACGGAGACAGCUUCGGAUAUGGCGAGGAUAGGGGUUGCCGUUGCGUCGUCGCUGCCACAUCACUAUGGAGGGUACUCGCAUCCCAGGCCGGACGUCCAGAUGGGUGUAGAGAGGAGGAACGUCACGACACCGACCACCAACAACACCUGCAGGGAGGACACAGCACAACAGCGGCCGUCACAGCGGCUGCCCCUGUCCCUGAUCAGCCAGUACUCCAAUAUCAACCAGGAGACUUCUUCUUCGACCACGCCGGUCAAGUCUACAGCUUCCAGCAUGUCAAGUCCGCAGCUCUCGUCUUCCAUGACCGGCAACGGAGGAAAUCUGGCGGAAUUCGCUGCACAGGUAUCUUGUUUAUUUUGGUUUGCAAAGGCAUCUAAAUUGAAGCAGAUCGAAGAUGGCUCCUCGUCUUAUACUCCUACUUCGCCCGUGGAGCUAGAAUUCGCACCGAGCCCGGGGUUUAAGAAAUGGGUUACCACAGUACUGACUACCACUCAAGUGAGCAAGAAUGUCAUACUGCUAGCUCUGCUGUUCAUCUACCGGCUCAAGAAGUUCAAUCCUGCGGUACGGGGGAAGCGCGGAAGCGAGUUUAGGCUAAUGACCAUAGCUCUCAUGAUGGGGAACAAGUUUCUGGAUGACAACACAUAUACGAACAAGACAUGGGCAGAGGUAUCAGGAAUAUCAGUUCAGGAGAUCCAUGUGAUGGAAGUCGAAUUUCUCAGCAAUGUUCGAUAUAACCUGUUUGUCACCAAAGAGGAGUGGAACCAGUGGCUCACCAAAUUAUCGGUCUUCUCAAAUUACUUCGAAAAGGCGUCGAGGCUCAGCCUGGAUGUUUACUCGGCGAAUCGCUCCGCCCAUACCUCGCCAGCUCAUAGCCCGCUGACACCUUCUAUGGACCCCUAUCGAGCCUCCCAGCAGGCAGCAAAGAUGGUAUAUCCAGCCUCCACCCAUGCUUUCAACGUGAACCAAGCCCUAUCAUUGAGCAUUCCACAAACCGGUGGUGUACCUCUCGGUCUCAACGACCCUACGUUGCGUCCAGCAUUAGCAGUGGAACCAUUAAGUGCCCAUAGGAAACGCAGUUGGGAUGACCAGGCGAAUGAGAAUCCAGCCAAGAGACCAGCAACCGCCACCACAAGUUGGGCUCGACCUUCGACUAUGGCCUCCGCGCCGCUAUACCAACCUUCUCACCUACCAUCUACCGCACCGCCUACCCCGCAGACUCAGGUACCGACGAGUAUGGUUUCCAUGCCCUCGAACAUGGCGCCGCAGCUUCCCAGGCCACUUCCAGCGUACCCGAUGAGCUCUGUCAGUAUUCCCAACUCUAUAGCUCCAUUUACCAGCACACAGCCUCUAUCUACCACUCCCCGACCCACCAUCUUCCCAAUCAACACCACCCCGGCUCGUUGGAGCCAACCUCCAGUUUCUCAGGCAUCACUGGCUCCAUUACCCCUAUCAAAUCUUCAGCCUGGAAUGCCAAACAGCUUCCCUGAUCCUUCCCGGCGUACGGGCCCAGGUUCCUUCUCUGCAUCUACCUCAACAACCAUCUCACCCGCCAUUCCUAUAUACUCCGUCCGCACACCUAUCCACCUCUCGCCUUCCUCCAUACUCCUGGACCGCAACUCUCCCUACCGACCGGUUCGAACAGUCAACACGCUUCUCUACCCGCCUCCACCUGGCUCACUUCUUCAGCCCCGACAGCUAUCAGUCGACCUAAUGCGGUACCAGCCGUUGGGUAAACGCAGCUCAGAAGAUCGAGUAGAUCGAACAGGCGUCCUUCCUUAUUCCCAACCCAAUAUAUGGGGGGAACAGUACUUCUCUCAGGUCCAACCAACCACCCAGACAGCACCUUACCAUCAAGGUUAA